AUGGAUCCACGCAAGUUACUUGAUAUGUAUAAGUCUCUGGCCCGUGCCCGCAACGCUGAACAGGCUCGCCAACCGGAAGGCACUCGAUCUCAACGUCGAGACCGGUCCUCAACCGAUGCUCGCCCCCGCCAACCAGCCCCUACACCAGCCCCAGUUCAAACAGCCCAACCGGCAGCCCCUCCGGUUGAUCGACCCCAGAACCCACUGCUUGCCAAUGGCAGGCCCCAAGAAUCUAAGCUCCCUUUUAUCGAUGUAGCCGCGAAGAAGAUGGCUCACAAGGACUUGCAAGCCAUGGCACUUUCAUUGCCAACGGCUCACCCCACCGGAGCCCGCCACCCACGCGUCUACACCCUUAUCCGGCAAUGCGAAUCGGUGGAAUUACCCCGACGCGGCACUCCUUCCAGACGGGUUGGCACUCCUCCAGAGAUGCCCAGCAGGAGCGACCCACCCCAGCCCCUCCCAACUCCUGCCUUGGUCAACCAAGCCGGCCCCUCACGGCGAGAGAGGACACAGAGCCGAACUGGUCCCUACGCCGGUAGCAAGCAGAACCGAACUCGAGGACCAUCAGCAAGGGACAACUGA